CAGUCAGCGACCGAACUACCCAGUCGGGAGUUAGACGCCGUUGGGGAAGGUUCGAGGUUGUUGAUCGCCGAGUGUCGAUUGGCAUCUGCGCUACCUCAAUCAAGAACGACCGAUCAGAAAAAUACAGCUGAUUCAUCUUUAGAUACACCAUGAGUGGUUGUCGUGUAUUCAUCGGAAGGCUCAAUCCAGCCGCCAGAGAGAAGGAUGUUGAAAGAUUUUUCAAGGGAUAUGGACGCAUCAGAGACAUCGACUUGAAAAGAGGCUUUGGAUUUGUCGAGUUUGAAGAUCCAAGAGAUGCUGAUGAUGCAGUCUAUGAAUUGGAUGGAAAAGAGCUCUGCAGUGAAAGGGUUACAAUUGAACAUGCAAGGGCCCGUUCUAGAGGUGGAAGAGGCAGAGGUCGAUACUCUGACCGUUUUAGUAGCCGCCGUCCACGAAAUGAUAGAAGAAAUGCUCCACCUGUAAGGACUGAGAAUCGUCUCAUUGUAGAAAACUUGUCAUCCAGAGUCAGCUGGCAGGAUCUCAAAGACUUCAUGAGACAAGCUGGGGAAGUAACCUUUGCAGAUGCACAUAGGCCCAAGUUAAAUGAAGGGGUGGUUGAAUUUGCCUCUUACAGUGAUUUAAAGAAUGCUAUUGAAAAGCUUUCUGGCAAAGAAAUAAAUGGAAGGAAAAUAAAACUAAUUGAAGGCAGCAAAAGGCACAGUAGGUCCAGAAGCAGGUCCAGGUCUCGUAGUAGGAGUUCCUCAAGGUCUCGUAGCCGUUCUCGCUCCAGGAGCCGCAAGUCUUACACCAGAUCUAGGAGCAGGAGCCGUAGCAAGUCACGCUCAGUUAGUAGGUCUCCUGCCCCUGAAAAGAGCCAAAAACGUGCUUCCUCAAGUAGAUCAAAGUCUCCAGCUUCUGUGGAUCGCCAGAGAUCACGCUCAAGGUCAAGAUCUGUUGACAGUGGCAACUGAACAAAUAGUUUGCCCUGGGGACUUUUAAAGCAUACUUGCUAUUAGUUGUGGUAAGUAUGUGACUCCUGGGAAAGAGGAACUGAACGGGGGUUGGGGGGUUAACAGCUUUGUAUAUGUGGACCACACAAGUUACUGAAUUAAUUGUAUUGUCUUUUUGAUAAUCCUUUUCCUGCUCACUUCAUUAAGUCAGAAGUGCAUAGCUUUAUGUAUAUUGCUAGAGCUCUUUGAAGAAAACUUUUUUUGUAUUUAAAGAGAACCCUACUUUUGAACAUUUUUAGUUCUUGGUGUACUCCAGUAUGACACUUCAGGUGUUGAAAACGUUUUAUUGGCAGUAGAGCUCUACACCAGCUGUAAAUAAAGCUUUAUUUCAGAUUUUC